AAAUAUUCACAAUCAGAAGAAGGACCUCUAGUGGCCAAUAAUGAAACUAUACGCACGUUACUUCUCCAGUGCUUUUGGUGGGAAAAAUUUCCAUAUCCAUGAACGUACAUCGAGAGGGGAAAUAUACAUUCGUAUUGGCGACUAGUGAAAGGUUUCUGCCAUCAAAAGCGCCGAAGGAAGAAAUAUGUAUAUAGUUCGGCCAUUUGACCGCUAGAGGCGAUAAUUCAUGGAGCAUACUUUUGGCUGAAUUUCUUCCAGAAGCAUCGGCGAUCUUCCACUCAUCUCUGCUUGUGGCACGUGUUGAAUGAAUUUUUGAAUGUAUAAUUUGUAUUUAUAUGUGAUUAUUAAUAGUUUAAUGGCAAAAAUGUUUUGUCUACGUAAAGAAUGUGAUAUGUAAGAUAUUAUCAACAUUUGGAAAAUGUACAUCAUCAAAUUUAAUUACCAUAAUUUUAAAUUAUCAAGUUAGAAUAAUAAUUAUCAUAAAAGAAUAAUGUAGUAAUAUAUUUAUAAUAUGCUAAUAUACAAUAACUUAUUUUUGGAUAUACUGUAAAAGAAAUAAUUCAUAAUGGGGCAUGAUACAAAUUCAGAAUCUGAGAGUAUUUUGUCUGAAUCUAAUGAUUUGAUGAAAGACAUUAACGUUAUUGCUAAAACCAAAAGAAAUGAAAAACCUCACAAAUGCACUUUUGAUGGUUGCAAUUUAUCUUUUUGUAGACCAUCUCGAUUAAAAAGGCAUAUGAAAUUUCACACAGGAGAGAGGGACUACAAAUGUACCUAUCCAGAAUGUGAUAAAGCUUAUACUAACAAUUGUCAUUUGAAACGACAUAUGGAGAGCCACAAUGCAAUAAAAAAGUUAUAUAAAUGUCCAGAAUGCUCAUUACAUAUUACUAAUCAACAUAACUUAAAACGUCAUUAUAAUACAAUGCAUAUAAAUCGUGACAAAUUAACUUGCAAAGAAUGUAAUGAAACUUUUGUAAAAAAAUACCAGUUUAAGAUACACAUGGCAAAACAUAAUUCAGUUUUAUAUAAAUGUGAUGAAUGUAAUAAAAAUUUUACAAAUAUUACAAAAUUUAAAGAGCAUAAAGCAUAUCAUGAACAAGGAGGUAAACAAUAUCCAUGCAGUAUACCAGGAUGUAAUGAAGUUUUUAAAAAAUGGCUGUUUCUUUGUGCUCAUAAAAAAACUCAACAUGUAAAUGAUUACAAAUGCAAAAACUGUGGUAAAAUAUUUUUGAGCAAACGACAUUUAAAAAUUCAUUCUCAAGUUCACAUGGAAAAUAGAUCUGUUGUACCUUGUCCUUUUGAAAAAUGCCCUCGUGUUUAUUACUUUAAAAGUAAUUUAACUCAUCAUAUACGGACCUAUCACCUUGGAGAAAAAUAUGAGUGUGAUAUAUGUAAAAUAAAGAUUGGAACAAAACAAAGAUUAGCAAUACAUAUUCAGAAACUACACAUGUCAGAAAAAAGGAUAAAAGAGAUCAAAAAAAGGUUACAGCGCAAAAAAAGGAAAGAUGCUGGGGUAGUUAAAAGGAGUGCACUGUCCAAAUUAGUUGGAAUUAAUUUACCAAUAAAAGUAGAAAAAAUGGUAUUAAAAGGAGAAGAAACUAUACCAUACUUAGAACAACUUGUAACAGAAUCAAAUUGUAAUGCAGAUUGUAAUUACCUUACUUCUAUAACAUAAAAUGUUAUCAUAAAUAUGUAAUCAUUACUAUAUAUAUAUAUAUAUAUGUAUAUAUAAAGUAAUUGUGUCCAUUUUUUUACUUUUCAAAUUUGUAGAAAUUUGUUAGUACUUAUUAUCAUCAUUUAUAAUUUUCUUCUCUUAUUAGUUUUAAUUUACGGGAAUUGAUGUUUUUUAACACUAUAUUUUAAUAUAAAUACUCUAGUCAACACAAAAAUACAGUGCAAAUACAUGUACUAAAACUUAGCAGCAACAAAAUUAAGGUGAAUUUGAAUUAUGAUUAUAGAAAAAGUUAUAGAUGGCAAAAAAGUCUUAGUUUUAUUUAUUUGUAUCUAAUAGUUCUGUAUUCUAAUGAAGGUAAAUUUCUUAUUGAAGAUAUUUGAAACAUUUAAGGCUAUUUAUUUAAUUGUACUUACCUCUUAACCAACAACGUCGAGUUUUGACUCAUGGUACAUUUUUCUGGCCAAACAUAAGAAACACGAGUUAGACUCGUGGCACGUUCUUCGGGCCAAAACAGAAGAAACACGAGUUAGAUUCGUGGCACGUUCUUCGGGCCAAAACAGAAGAAACACGAGCGAGAAACAUGGUACAUUCUUCGGGCUACAUGCAAUAAACAUUUUCUUUCUUGGCCGUAGUAGGGCGCGCAGAUAUAUUUUCUCGCAAAAUAUUAGAAAUAUACCCUUAAAAAUCUUGUUCAAUGAUAAGUUGGUAGUAAUUAUUUAUCAAACAUGUUGCAACAUACAAUUAGUUGUACCUACACAUAAAAAGAACGGUGCGAUUAGCACAACUUCAAACACGCAGUCAGACCGUGAAAUGGCACGACGUCUGAUCGACCUUGCCGAUGGUUACGGCACGCGUUGUAGGAACUUAAAUCAUAAGGCAAGGGGUUACUACAAAUUUAUUAUUAAUGUUAAAUUUGUUAAUUUUUAUGUAUUAUGUCUGUAAUUUACAGCAUCUUUAAUUUUUAUUCCACAAUUAAUAAAGAUGUUUGUUCAUAUUGCUGUAUAAUAAAAAGUUGUAUUUAAAAAUUUA